CUCUCCACCCUCACUCAUCACCUCUUCCAAAACUUACCAUCAUGUCUGGCAUCAACCCCGGCGACGAAAAACUCGUAUUCGAGUCUUCCGAGGCGGUUUCAGUCGUCUCGACCUUCGAUGACCUCGGUCUCAAGGAGGACCUUCUUCGCGGCAUCUACGCAUACAACUUCGAAAAGCCUUCAGCUAUCCAGCAGCGGGCCAUCUUGCCAAUCAUUCAAGGGCGAGACGUAAUUGCGCAGGCGCAGUCUGGAACAGGAAAAACCGCGACAUUCUCGAUAUCUAUCCUCCAAUCCAUCGACGUCACCGUGCGAGAAACGCAGGCCCUCAUUCUGAGCCCUACUCGCGAGCUGGCUACUCAGAUUCAAUCCGUCGUCCUCGCGCUCGGCGACUACAUGAACGUGCAGUGCCACGCUUGCAUCGGAGGCACUUCGAUUGGUGAGGAUAUUCGCAAGCUAGAGUACGGCCAACACGUCGUGUCCGGCACUCCUGGCCGUGUCUUCGAUAUGAUCCGCCGACGGAGUCUACGGACGCGGAACAUCAAGAUGUUGGUGCUGGAUGAGGCGGACGAGCUGCUGAAUAAGGGCUUCAAGGACCAAAUCUACGAUGUCUACCGAUACCUCCCCCCCGCGACGCAGGUAGUGCUCCUGAGUGCUACGCUGCCAUAUGAUGUUCUCGAAAUGACCACCAAGUUCAUGACCGACCCCAUCCGUAUCCUCGUCAAACGUGAUGAGUUGACGCUGGAGGGCAUCAAGCAGUUUUUCGUAGCAGUUGAGAAGGAAGACUGGAAGUUCGACACACUAUGCGAUCUCUACGAUACCUUGACCAUCACGCAGGCCGUCAUCUUCUGUAACACAAGGCGAAAGGUUGACUGGUUAACAGAGAAGAUGCGUGCCGCCAACUUCACAGUCUCCUCAAUGCACGGAGAGAUGGUGCAGAAAGAGCGGGACGCCAUCAUGGCAGAAUUCCGGAGCGGGACAUCGCGCGUGUUGAUCACGACUGACGUGUGGGCUCGUGGUAUCGACGUUCAACAAGUUUCGCUUGUGAUCAAUUAUGACCUGCCUGCGAAUCGUGAAAACUACAUCCAUCGCAUUGGUCGGUCAGGUCGGUUCGGGCGCAAGGGUGUAGCUAUCAACUUCGUUACUGUGGAUGAUGUCCGCAUCCUCCGGGAUAUCGAACAAUUCUACAGCACACAGAUCGAUGAAAUGCCUGUCAACGCUGCAGAACUCAUCUAGGCCUCUCGUAUCUCUUGUUGUAAUCUUUAUACGUAUUCAUUUCGCUCUGGCUGUCGCAAAUCCUUAGCAUGAUACUGCCCUCUACAUGACGAUAUAUAUAUGUAAUGUCUGUGUGUGCUCUCGAAUCCAGACCUUUGCAUCACAUUUUCGCUGCG